AUGCAAGGCAUAUAUUCUGGUCUUCGGACAUUAAUUCAAAAAGAAAAUCCCAACGCUAUAUAUGUAUGGUGCUUCGCACAUCUACUGAACUUGGUUCUUGUAGAUACUUGUGAUUGUUGUGAUGUAAUGAAAAAUUUUUUUGGUGAAGUUCAAGUAUUAGUUUCAUUUUUUCGGGCAAGAAAAAGAACUGCCACUUUCAUCGAAUGUCAACAGCAGUUUUAUCCAGGAGAUAGAACACGUCGGCUAAAAUGCUUUUCCGAUACUAGGUGGACUUCAAAUGGAAGGGUUAUAACUGUUCUAUUUGAAAGAUUUUAA